UAUUAGUCCCCUUGUUAUUUUAUCCUAAAUCCCUCCCACCCACAUAGGAAAGGCUGUGUUUCCCCAUCUGCAGAUACCGUUUCAGACACCAGUUCUUUCUUGCUGUCCCAGCAAAGAGGAACCGCGCAGCCAAUGCCCUGUUUGGAUUUCUGGGGAGCAAAAAGGAUGAGGAUCAAAGAAUGACCUCACACGGUUCAACGCUGAGUUUCGACCAAGGUUAAGGAAUGAAGGGCUCCUGUGUCUCGGCCACAGAGAAACCCCCCAAGGGGUCUGAUGGAUCCUAAGUCUUGAUCCGGAUUAAAGGAAGCGGAGGCAGGAAGGCUGGCCGGGAAUCGCAGCCACUCAUGGGCUGCAGAGUGAGUGUCGCUUGCCUGGGAAAUGAACUCUGCCCCGUUCUGCCGGAUCAUCGCCGCUUGACACCAGACAAGGGGGAGACCAUGAUUCAGAUUGACAAGGCUUCCUCUGGAGUCCUGGCCGGUGAACCAAAUGAGCCAGAAGAGCUAGCUUCAACUUCUCAUACGUUCAAGACCAAAAGCUUCAAGAAAGCCAAAGUCUGUAACAUCUGCAAACAAGUAAUUGACCAGCAAGGCAGUUUCUGCAGAGUUUGCAAAUAUGCUUGCCACAAGAAAUGUGAAUCAAAGGUGGUGACACCCUGCUUCCUGCCGGUCAACUACCCAUUGCUCGAUCGCUCGGACUCUUUAGUGAACCAUGUCACCGGAACGACUUCCAGCAGUUUUUUGAAAAGCUCGUCUUUCUGUUGUGACAAACUCUCAGAGAGUGCCGACUUCGAUCACAUGAUGGAGGAGGGUUAUGAACUGGACCUGACUUACAUCACAGAGCGGAUCAUUGCUCUCUCCUUCCCAGCUAGCUGCUCUGAGGAAACCUACUUACACAACCUCCAGGAUGUAACACGGAUGCUUAAAUCCAAGCACGGGGACAACUACCUGGUGUUAAAUCUCUCAGAGAAAAGGUUUGACCUGGCCAAACUGAACCCAAAGAUCAUGGAUGUGGGCUGGCCUGACCUGCACGCGCCUCCGCUGAAUAAAGUGUGCACAAUCUGCAAGGCCAUGGAAUCCUGGCUGAACAGCAACUCGCAGCAUGUGGUCGUGAUCCAUUGCCGGGGUGGAAAAGGACGAAUUGGAGUAGUGAUAUCUUCAUACAUGCAUUUCACAAAUGUGUCUGCAAGUGCGGAUCAAGCCCUAGACAGAUUUGCAAUGAAGAAAUUCUUUGAUGAUAAAGUUUCUGCUUUAAUGCAGCCGUCUCAGAAAAGGUACGUGCAGUUUUUAAGCGGCCUUCUCUCUGGAUCCGUCAAAAUGAACACCGCCCCUCUAUUUCUGCACUACGUCAUAUUGCAUGGAAUCCCAAGCUUUGAUGCUGGGGGAGUGUGUCGGCCAUUUCUGAAGUUGUACCAAACCAUGCAGCCAGUUUAUACAUCAGGAGUGUAUAGUGUGGGGCCAGAGAACCAAAGCAGAGUCAGCAUUGCGAUUGAACCAGCUCAACUUCUGAAGGGGGAUGUCAUGCUGAAGUGCUACCACAAGAAAUACCGAUCAGCCACCCGCGACGUCAUUUUCCGCCUGCAGUUCCAUUCAGGGGCUGUUCAGGGACAAGGUCUGGUCUACGGCAAAGAGGAGUUGGACAACGCUAACAAAGAUGACCGUUUCCCUGAUUAUGGAAAAGUUGAGCUGGUGUUUUCGGGAUCCCCAGAGAAAAUCCCAGGGUGUGAACAUCUGCAGAAUGACCAGGGGGUGAUGGUGGACUCCGACACCUCCGAUCCCUUGAUUCGCUGGGAUUCCUACGAAAACUUGAGCCCUGAUGGCGAAGUUUUGCACACCCAGGGCCCCAUUGAUGGAAGCUUAUAUGCCAAAGUGAGGAAGAAGAGCUCCUCGGAUACCAGUAUACCCAGUGGAACCCCAGGUGUCGUAACUGGUAGCCCCGAUCACAGCGACCACACCCUGUCUGUUAGCAGUGACUCGGGACACUCCACUGCUUCUAUAAGGACAGACAAAACUGAAGAGCGCUGCUCUCCAGGAUCGAAGAGACUCUUGAGCCCCCAAGAGAAGGAGGAGUUGAACCAGUUGCUCAGUGGCUUUGGCCUAGAGGACUCGGUUGGUUCCCUCAAGGAUAUGACCGAUGCCCCAAGCAAGUACAGUGGGACUCGCCACAUUGUGCCGGCCCAGGUUCACGUGAAUGGCGACGCCAAGCACAAGGACAGGGAAACAGACAUUCUGGAUGAUGAGCUACCCAGCCAUGACCUCCACAGUGUGGACAGCAUUGGGACGUUGUCUUCUUCUGAAGGACAGCAUUCCAACCACCUUGGCACCUUCAGUUGCCACAAGAGCAGCCAGAAUUCCCUUCUGUCGGAUGGGUUCGGGAGUAACACCGGUGAGGAGCACCAUAACACUCUGGCUCCGGAUCUUGGGAUUAGUGUAGACCCCAUGUACGAGAGGUCCUUUGGAAACACCGAGCCAAAGCAGUCUCAGCAACUGCCCAGGAAUCCUCCAGUUUCUGCCCAGCCGGCGACCUACAGUCCCAGUAGCUAUUCGACCCAGACGUGGGUACGCCAGCAGCAGAUGGUAAUCGCUCACGAGUACGCCUACUCCCCAGACAAUGAAGUAAGACUCGGCCUUCCCAAUCCAGUGGAGAAAUUGGGAAAGCCACAGAGCCAAACCAGGGUUCCAGACACUCCUGCUCGGGGCAACAGCAGCAAAGAUGCUGUGCUGAGAGGGCUAGGAAGUGUGCCUCCUUCUAGUGAGACAGCAGAACCCCCUAGCCCUGAAGUUUUUAAAAGAUUAGACGCCGAGAACGUUGCCAAUGACGUUGACCUGCAGUUGAACACGGGAAGCAACCUGGGGGCCAUGCCGUCCUCCCCUACUCUGGAUAUCGAUCAGUCAAUUGAGCAGCUGAACAGGUUGAUUUUGGAACUGGACCCGACAUUUGAGCCCAUCCCGACCCGCAUCAGUGCUGUCAGUAAACACGCCGGUCAGCUGAAUGGAUUUGCCAGCCCCGAAAUAGAUGUGGGAGGUGUCGGAAUCAGCCCCAGGUUCCAUGGGAAAAUGGAGGCUACCAACAGGAAUCCGCCCCAGCAGGGAUCCCCGGGAGACUGCGUAUUAGGGGGACGCAGCAGGAAGUUAAGUUUUGGCCAGUAUGACAACGACCUUCCAACACAAUCGUUGUAUGCAAAGUGCGGAUGGGGGAAGUCAUCUGCCAUUGACCAUCCUGAAAGUCCCAGGCCUGUAGUCCCUGGAGGGGAGGCCAAAGAGGCGGGGGCUGCAUGCUACCAUAAAAAUCUGGAUGAAGCAGAUGGUAGCAUUUUCACACCAACCAAGAAUGGAAAUGAAUCCGCCCCGGCUACUCCAGCAUUUCCAGUGUCUCCCGAGACUCCUUAUGUGAAAACUCCCCUGCAUUUUCAUCAGCUGACUCCAUCUGGACAUCAGAGCUGCAUCUCGACAGGGAUGUAUAGGACUAAUCAUGAGCCUCGAGGUUAUCUGGAAGUCCUCAACCACUCUGUUGUGAUGUCUGACAGCCCCCUGGGCCCAAGCCCUGCCUUGUUGCGGACCGAUGCGCAGGCAAAUCCUGCUUCUCAGGGGCCGUGUGGCGCCACCUGCGAUAUUUCAAGCAGCAGCCCGGUCUUGAAAAGAGACAGCCCUCCUGCAGACGAACAGGGUUGGCAGCCGAACAGUUCAAAGUCCUCUGCGAUGCCCCAGUUUUCAGGAACAAGCAACAUUCGGCCUGCGGGGAGUUAUUUCACAACUCUGGAACCUUCUGCUACUGGGCAGGGUGGCUCACUUGUGUCACAGUACCACCCCAAGGGGUUCCCAGGCGAUUCAUCUAGCAGCCAGGAGAGUUCAUCAUCUGGGCUACAGCAGGAAUCCGGAGCUAGCACCAGCGUCCGAACUUUUCUGAAUUUCUGCACGUCCACCGCCAGCAACGGCCAGCCGCCGGGGGAAAAGCAAGUGGCUUUUGCAGCGAACGCAAACGGAUCUGCCCAAACUGCGAGAUCGCCGGGGGACAGUGGCUUUUUGCCAGAUAAUUUUCUCACGUCGGCUUCCGGACCCAGCAGCCAGAACAGUCCAAACCGGCAAAGCAACACCACAAACGCUCACUCGCAGCCCCCUCUGCCGGAGAAGAAGAGGGGCUCGGAGGGGGAACGUUCCUUUGGCUCCGUCUCCCCUUCGUCGAGCGGCUUCUCAAGCCCCCACAGCGGCAGCACCAUCAGCAUCCCGUUCCCAAACGUUCUUCCGGAUUUCUCUAAAGCUUUGAACGCUUCUCCAUCGCCAGAAAACGCGAGUGAUAAGCACGUGACCGUAAAAUUUGUUCAGGAUACAUCCAAGUUCUGGUACAAACCAGAAAUCUCAAGAGAGCAAGCCAUUGCCGUCCUGAAGGAGAAAGAGCCGGGGUCCUUCGUUGUUCGUGACAGCCACUCCUUCAAGGGAGCCUACGGUCUAGCCAUGAAAGUUGCCAUUCCCCCGCCUUCAGUUCUGCAGCUGAACAAGAAAGUUGGAGAUUUGUCCAAUGAGCUUGUCCGGCAUUUCCUGAUUGAGUGCACCCAUAAAGGAGUGAGGUUAAAAGGAUGCCCCAACGAACCGUAUUUUGGGAGCUUGACUGCUUUGGUGUAUCAGCACUCCAUCACUCCCCUGGCCCUGCCCUGCAAGCUGCUCAUCCCAGACCGAGAUCCUCUGGAGGAGAUGUCUGAAACUUCCCCACAGACCGCUGCAAAUUCAGCCGCAGAUCUACUGAAGCAGGGAGCAGCGUGCAACGUUUGGUACCUGAAUUCGGUGGAAAUGGAGUCCCUCACAGGUUAUCAAGCAGUACAGAAGGCCUUGAGUUUGACGUUGGUACAAGAGCCCCCUCCCAUCUCGACCGUGGUCCAUUUCAAAGUGUCUGCCCAGGGCAUCACGCUGACGGACAAUCAGAGGAAGCUCUUCUUCAGAAGGCACUAUCCAGUCAGCGCCGUGAUUUUCUGUGCUUUGGAUCCACAGGACAGGAAAUGGAUGAAGGAUGGGCCUGCGGCAAAGGUCUUUGGGUUUGUUGCGAGGAAACAAGGCAGUGCCACAGAUAACGUUUGCCACCUGUUUGCGGAGCAUGACCCUGAGCAGCCCGCCAGCGCCAUUGUGAACUUUGUAUCAAAGGUCAUGAUCGGUUCCCAGAAGAAGAACUGAAACGUCCUUCGUGAACCCACAGGGAGGUGGCUACGGUGAAGCCGGUCUCCGCGCCUUGCCUUGUUUCUCAGAAGGCAUGGAGAACAUUCUUCUGCAUAGCAAUAUAGAAGUGCCACUCGUUCUUUGAUAUAUAAUCGGAUCGUCUGAAACAUUGGGUGGAGAAGGGAGCUGAAAGCCAUCAAGAAUCCCAAAGACUGUUCUGGAACCAGCCACGAAAGAGAGGGGAAACCAAGAGUUGAAAUCCCAAGCAAUUUGUAGUCUCCUGAUUUUAUUACAUUUUUUUUUAUUCGGGGUUGGGGUGGGAGCAUGGAGUGAGAUGGUGCCUUUCAACAAGGCAGAUUGUGUGCGAACCUUGCUAGAAGAAUUUGUAUGUUCUAAGAGUAGUACCCAUUAUAGAUCUCUCUAGCUAUACUC